AUGGCUAAUGAUGAGCCACCGUCUCCCGAAGCCCAACCGACCACGCCUGUCCGCGAACGCCGAACGAACCCCUCGGCUGCCUCCCUGUUCAGGUCGACACUUACACCACCGGGCUCCCGCUCCGGGUCACCAGCACCCAUGGGGUCCCCAGCCCGCAGCCUGACCGGCUCCGUCUUUGGCAGCGGCGGCUUCAAGCAAUCUCUCCUCGACACCGCGGCCGCCGAGAACCCGGGCGAUCCUCUCAACCUGAUCCUCAAGAGCUUCGUCCCCCACAUUGCUAUCCAUGACUCGCAAGAUGUCGAACAUUUGGUCAAGGAAAAGGGCUUCAAAGGAGGUCUGUUUGAGCUGCUCCGCCCGUUCGGAGAGCGCGUUCAGGGAAGGGUUACCAUUCGCGACAGCAACGGGGCAUCGCGCACGUGGGACGACUUCUCAGUCCGAUUUACACGGUUCGGCGAAGCGGUCGAGGAUCCAGAUACGCUGCCAGAUCCCCGCUCACUGAGGGGACCUCCACCGAACGGACAACCACAAUACAACAUGCCGAGGAAGAAGACGAGCUUGGUUCAACAGGUCGAACAAGUGGUGGAGAAGCACUUGGGCUUCGCAGAGGAGGCAAGCAUGGGGGCAGCAACACCGACGACGCCCACAAGGCAAGGUCUCGACACGGACACUACAUCGCCCUACUACGCACUCUACCUCCGACGGCUACUAUCCGGUAUCCCCAUGGCCUCCCACGAAACUUUCUCUCACCCGGUCGCCUGCGUAAUCGCCAUCAGCUCGCGACAUCCCGCCCCCAUCGAAGCCCUCCGGCAACUCUACAGCGAAACUACCCCCGCCGAGCAGCGAAUACCACCGUGGGUAGAUGGGGACUUCUUGCGCUACUAUGUGCUCGUACACGACGAAGAACGCAGCGACAUCACCAAGUCCAUGCAGCUGUUUGACCAAAUGAAGCGCCACUUUGGCCUACACUGCCACCUACUCCGCAUCCGCUCCUCCCAAGCCGCCGAGACCGACGACGACAGCAUCCCGCUCCCUCGCUCCGACUGGAUGUCCGCCUCCGAAGAGCUCGCCGACAUCGAACGGUCCGAACAGCUCCAAGACUCCUUCGAUGACGACCCGCACCUCUUCAACCGGUACAUCUUCGAGUCCGACGCUACCGCCAUCCGCACCUUUAUCCGCGAAAUGGUUAUCCAAUCGAUCAUCCCGACCAUGGAGCGCAACGUCUCACUAUGGAAUGACCAAGUCGCGUCCCGGCGUCGCGGUAUCUCUGGGCGCUUCAUGUCCUUGUCGAAACGCUUCACAGUCUUUGGCUCCUCUUCUUCCUCCUCGCGCAGCUCCACCAGCAGUUCAAACAACGGUUUCGAGACCCUAGGUUACUACCGCCCCGACACGCCCGAAGCCAUCAUGCGCCGGCUUGCCGACUUUGCCUUCAUGCUGCGCGACUGGAAGCUGGCCAUGUCCACCUACGACUUGCUGAGGACCGACUUCCAAAACGACAAAGCGUGGAAAUACCACGCUUCAGCCAACGAAAUGGCCGCCUUGUCUCUGCUUAUCAUGCCGCAGACCAUGUUCUCCAAGAACCGAGUGGAAAUCAUUAACCCCAUGGUCGAACAGGCUCUCUAUUCUUACCACACGCGCUGCUCAUCUCUUUACGGAGCCGUUCGGGCCACGCUCCUUUCUUUGGAGCUCCUCCGACUCCGCGGCGGCAUCGGGAUAGAUGAAUCCGUCCGCUGGGGCACGCGCCUCCUCGAAAUGCGACUCUUUGGUCCCGUCGGCGACGCCUUGCUCCGUGAACGACUCGCAGUCUGCUAUGCCUCUAAGCGAGGCACCGGUUCCCAGCUAUGGGGCAGCAGGCGACGCAAGUCAGCAAUGUGGAGCGUGCUUGCCGCCCAGGCGUGGGUAAGCAUGGGCAAGUACUUGCAGGCACAAAAGUGUUUGGCUGAUGCAAGGAGGAUGUACUCUUUGCUGCCAAGCGAGUGGGGCGUGCAAGGUUUCAACGGAGCCAGCGAGUGUCUGGCAGGGUUGAACGAGGCAGCCAGAGAGGGGUUGAGGGUGACAAGGGAAGAAGGAGAAGGGGAAGAGGGAUUGGGGCUGGGAUUGCAGUUCGACGAAAGCAGUAACCUCACGAUCCGACCCAAGGCCGACGACCAGACAGCAGCAGCAUCUACCGACCACAACAACACGCAGACGGAAGUGGACGUGGACGUGGACGUGGAGCAAAGCGGGUUUAACGGACAGUCAUCACAAUUACCAUCACGACCGCCGCAAAUACCCACACCCACCGCGUCUUCCAAGUCCCCAACACCGGAAACAACUCGAGGAGGUGAUGAACAACCAGAAGGCUUCGAAGACGCGACUCCCACCAGUGGGCCCAGUAGCGGACAUAGUCCCACCCGACCGCGAAAGGCAAGCAUGGCCGUUCGAACAUCCAGGGUAUUAUCGUCAGCGGAUCUGGAGCCAGCAGCGCCGCUGCCGCCGUUAAUUCCCGCGAGGCUGGCGAGCACGAGCGGGAGGGAUGAGAAUAAGAGUAAAGAUGGGAAGGACGGUGGGUUUGGUUAACAAGGGUUUGUUAUUUUGUAGAGGUGAAUGGGAGACGGACGGGGACAGGCAUGGGAAGACACAUUAGACGGCAGCAGCAGGCUUGUUUAGCACCAACAAAAAGUAUAUGAAUAGUAAUGACGAAUGGAAUAUCUAGAGUAAUGAAUGGUAUGCAUCAUUGUCUGAUUGUAAUCAUCCAAACGAGGUAUCUUUUUCUUCCCACAACUUCCCCUCCUUCCAUCUUCCCUUUUCACUUCUUCUCUCCCCCCUUUUUCCCCCUUUCCCCCUCCUCUUCCUGUGUUCCCCCCUCCCCCUUCCCCUACCCUACAGUUUAAAAAGAAUGAACCCGUUCCGCAAACCCAACCCACUCCUCCACCCCCCUCACAUACGCAUCCCCGCCCGCAUCCGCCAAAUGCUCAUGUCCCCAAACCA